GCCCACCCACACACCCCCUGCCGGGAUUGGGUCUCCGUGCUGCCGGCGGUGGAUUGGAGCACUCUGAUUGGAGGUUUUGCGAGGUGGUUUUUCGGUCUGGCGCCGCCUCCCCCCGGGGCCGGCGUGCGCUCCCAGCAGCCCGUGGUGCCCUGUGCCCCCCCGUCCCCGUCACUACACAACAGAGCCCAUGCCCAGGGAGGAGGCGCAGUGCGUCUGCCAGGAGCCAUGUGCCUCCCUCACACCAACAACAUGGACAACAAGCUACAGGGGGCGGGACAGGGGGGCGGGGCUUCACUUCGACUGCGACCAGGAGGCGUUCCACUGGAGCCCUUCAUACACCAGGUGGGGGGUCACACCAGUAUGAUGCGUUACGAUGACCACACAGUGUGUAAACCUCUGAUCAGCAGAGAGCAGCGAUUCUACGAGUCUCUGCCUCCAGAGAUGAAGGAGUUCACACCUGAGUAUAAAGGCAUGGUGCUGGUUUGUUUCGAAGGCGACUCUGACGGCUACAUCAACCUGGUGGCGUACCCCUACGUGGAGAGCAACAUGGAGGGGGGGGCCGGUGACCACGAGGAGCGUGAACCCCCCGAGAGGGAGCAGCCGAGGAGGAAACACUCCCGCCGCAGUCUCCACCGCUCCUCCUCCUCUGUUUCGGAACACAAGGAUGAGCGGUCUGACCGGAGGGAGUCACAUGACACCGACACCUCUGAAAAUCUUGCCGAGCUGAAGAGUCCCCGGCUCGACCCCAAGAUCCACUCCGACGUUCCCUUCCAGAUGUUGGACUGGAACAGUGGUUUGUCAUCAGAGAAGAUCAGCCAUAACCCCUGGAGCCUCCGCUGUCACAAGCAGCAGCUCAGCCGCAUGAGGUCUGAGUCCAAGGACCGCAAGCUCUUCAAGUUUCUAUUGUUGGAGAACGUGGUUCAUCAUUUCUCUUACCCCUGCAUCCUGGACCUGAAGAUGGGCACCAGGCAGCACGGGGACGAUGCCUCCGAGGAGAAGGCCGCCCGGCAGAUGAAGAAAUGUGAACAGAGCACUUCAGCCACGCUGGGGGUCCGAGUGUGCGGCAUGCAGGUGUACCAGCUCAACACCGGUCACUACCUCUGCAGGAACAAGUACUACGGCCGCGGCCUGUCGAUCGAAGGCUUCCGCCAGGCGCUCUACCAGUACAUGCACAACGGGAAGGGCCUGAGGCAGGACCUCUUUGAGCCAAUCCUGAACAAGCUGCGCAGCCUGAAGGCGGUGCUAGAGAGCCAGGCCUCCUACCGCUUCUACUCGUCUUCACUGCUCAUCAUCUACGAGGGAAAGGAAUCGGGGGUCCUCAGCUCUGGGCAGCAUCCAGCCUGGCAGCAGCAGAAGACCCCCCCGACAGACCCCGGCCCCGGACCCCACGCCCCCCCGGCCCCCGACACCCCCCGUCAAAUGGACACGAGCCAGAAACCAGACCCGGGGUCCCUGUCCUCUCAAGGGUCCGGACCAACUGCUCCGCCCUCCCCGGCCCCUCGUCCCCCCCCACAAGCCCCACCCACCACGUCAGACUGCUACUCCUUCUCCCCUCCGACACCCUCCCCUCACCCCCGUCCAGACUCCUCCUCCUCCUCCUCGUCCUCUGCUCCCAGUUCAGUUUCCUCGCCCCCUCCUCCCGCCCCCCCGAAGCAGCCCCCCCAUGUGGACGUUCGUAUGAUCGACUUCGCCCACUCCACCUUUAAGGGUUUCCGCGGCGACACGGCGGUGCACGACGGGCCGGACCGGGGCUACAUGUUCGGACUGGAGAGCCUGGUCCGGAUCCUGGAGAGCCUGCGGGACGGCAACCUGCCGUAGCUCCGCCCACACACACACACACACACAAACACACACUCACACUCAUACACUGCUCUUCAUGAGUUAGCUUAGGUCAUGCUGCUGAGACGUCUCGGCUGUAAAUAUGGAACAGGGUUCUCCAGGACGUCACCAUGGAAACAUGGGCAUUCUACAGGAGAGUAGUAACUAUAGCAACGGGCAGGAGGUGGGACAGCACCUCUGCACCUCACACACACCGGCUGUGCAUCUAUACUUGUGAGGACCCUCGUUGACAUAACAUAGCAUAAAGU